CUCUAUAUCGAUUAAUUGACGAUCGUCAAAUCAAAUCUUAUAAUCUCACUGGCUCUGUUUUGUGAUCUGGAUCGACCGCGGCGGCGGCGGAGCAGGACGUGGCGAAAAACGGAGUUCUGGCGGUGCAGACGCUGAGAAACAACAUAAUGGCGUCGACCCUUUUGGCCUCGACGGCGAUCAUGCUGAGCUCACUCAUUGCUUUGUUAAUGUCGAGCAGCACGACGAAUCGGUCUUCCUGGUUCGUUCUUGGGAGCAAAAGCGAGCUGGCUUUCUCCAUAAAAUUCUUCUCCAUACUCGUCUGCUUCCUGGUUUCAUUCAUGUUCAACGUUCAAUCGAUUCGGUAUUAUAGCCAUGCAAGCAUCCUGAUCAACGUGCCGUUCAUGAAGAUGUCGCCUCACCACCACCACCAUCUUCUCAACGUCGAGUACGUGGCUUCCACUCUUGACAGAGGCAGCUACUUCUGGUCUUUAGGUUUAAGAGCUUUCUACUUCUCCUUCCCGCUCUUCCUGUGGAUUUUUGGGCCAAUCCCUUCUUUAAUCUGCUGCGUUUUUCUCAUCUUCAUGCUUUUUUUCCUGGAUGUGACGUUUGAAAAAGGGUGGCCGGUUGAGGUUUCUGAUGGUGGUGAUGGAGAUCGAGAGGAGGAUGGAGGGGCUGUGAAUUUAGUGUAGUGUACUUGUUGGUAAUUUAGAUUGCAAAUGAUUGAGAUGUCUUUUGAAGUGAUAUAGAAUAUUGGAGUGAUUCAUGUUUCAAUCCAAGUUGAACUGAUUUUGC